CGAGCCACUAGUCAGUCAACCAGUGUGUGUGUCUGUGAGUGAUGGUGCAGUGAUAAUGUGAUAGGUAGCUCAGGGAUCAUGACUAGCAGCAAGAAAGCAAUAGGCGGCAGCAUCCAUCGCAUCAGGGAGUUUGAACUGGAAAAAGUAAACCUAGCAGAAGAGUUCGACAUUCUACAGAUUGUUGGAGAAGGAUGGUUUGGCAAGAUUCUGUUGGUAGAACACAAAGUUACAGACACGGAGAUGGUUUUGAAGGCGUUGCCGAAACCUUAUGUUUCUAUAAAAGAUUUCUACAGAGAAUUCCAUUACGGUCUUCAUCUGUCCGCUCACAAGAACAUAGUCACAACUCAUGACGUGGCGUUUGAGACUGCAGGGUUCUACGUGUUCAGUCAAGAAUAUGCAGCAUUGGGGGAUCUGACGAGCAACGUGUCCGAGACGGGAAUAGGAGAGCUGCAUAGCAAACGUGUGGCCAGACAGCUGGCGGCCGCGUUGGAGCACAUCCACGCCAGAGAUCUGGUACACAGAGAUGUUAAACUGGACAACGUGUUGGUCUUCAGGUCAGACUUUGCUAGAGUCAAGUUGUGCGACUUCGGUGAAACCAGGAGAGCAGGGACGCUGGUAAGAAGGAGGAACGAAUGGCUUCCAUACUCACCACCAGAAGUUCUGCUUACAAAUACAGAUGAAACAUACAAAGCGGAGACGUCGCACGAUGUGUGGCAGUUCGCCAUCGUUGUGUUCGUCUGCCUCACUGGGUGUCUUCCCUGGCAGAAGGCGAUGUUUGAUGACCCUAGGUAUACAAGGUACCUCCAAUGGCACGGCAGCAACCAGGUGAUGAUGCCGGUCCGCAAGCCCAAGCUGUUCAAGCUGGUGUCUGCGCGAGCCCAGAGGUUCUUGCGCAAGUUCCUGGAGCCGCGCGCAGACAAGCGACCGCAGCGUCUCACGGAUCUGCCGAGGUAUCUGGAGGAUCGGUGGCUGGCCAAGUCUUCGCUGGACCGACAAGCUGAGAUGGGCUACGAAGAUGACGGCCUCUGCCCCUCCAUGUACAGCUUCCACAGCAGCGCGGAGGAGAAGAACAAACUGCUGUCAACCCUGGUGGCCUACGGGAUAGAGACUACGGUGGACAGGAAGGCGAAGAAGGACAGAAUCCGUCAAUGGAUCCAGAGCAGCGUGAUAGACGAAGAUGAAGAAGAGGAGGAAGGAACGAGUACCGCGACCUCUAGCAGGACGAGGAACUACGGGAGAUCCAAGGAAGCAGGAUCUUCUACAGGAACCGUGGGGACGGACAGUAGAUCUGCGAGUGCCUGAGAAAUAUGGUGAUUUCCAAAUAUUAAACUUCCUCAGUCUUGGGCGAUGACUUCAGAUUGUCUGCUGGCAGACAAUCAUUGUGUCAUUGCCAAGACUGAUUAAUAUUGUCUGCGCCUGCGCCACCGUCUUGCACGGUACAGGCAAUCCAAGGAUUGUAAAGGGGCGUUACUAUUACAAGACUGGUCGUCGUGUCAGGAACAUCUGUAAAAGACACUGUUUCUUCUUGUUUACCUUCACAAACACUGAAAGCGAGCUUCGUGUUAGAUUGAACCCGACUGUAAAUAUGUUGCACGUUCUGGUGCUGUUAUAUGGGUAUAUGAUACAGUCUUUAAAGUAUCCGAUAUCUAUACCAUCUAUGCACUUUUACUGUAAGCUUUUAGUAUGAUAAAGACAAAUUUUUUUGGCUGUUAGGGUGUCAUGGAACUCUCUACCAAUAUUUUAGGGAAUAUUUCCUAGGUAAGGAACGUAUCUAAAUAUCAUAUUUAAAUUGUCUGGAGGUCCUUAGUUACUCAUACAGCCGCCAUUUUGUUUUUUCACUUUGUUUGUGGUUAAACAUAGGAAAUUGGAACUUUGCACAAAUAUGUAACAACUAGACAAAGCUUUUACAAAAUUAUUAAAGUUUUCCAAAUUCAUAAAAACAAAUUAUGGCCAUUUAAAAUUUUUGUUCUUAAAUAACUAAAAAAAGUUCAAAUUUGGAGCUUUAAUAGUACAAGACAGCAUGCCUCGGCAUACACUGCAACUACCUCGAGCGGACACGUAUCAUAAAGCUUAAAGCUGCCAUAUCUCAGUUAACAUUCGUUCAAUCUUAAAAAAAUAAGGUUGCAACCGAUUUGUAAUUAAAUUGCCUUGAAAAAGGUUAUUCCUUUAAGAUUUUUGUAAAAUCAACGGUUUUUGUGUUAUUAGGAUACAAAAUUUUAAAUGGCCGCCAUUUUGUUUUAUGAAUUUGGAAAACUGUCAUAUUUUUUUGCAGCUUUGUCUAGUUGAUACACGUUUGUGCAAAGUUCCAAUUUUGUAUGUUUAACCACUUUCCUCUAAAAAAACAAUAAGUGAAAAAACUCAAUGGUGGCUAUGUGUGAGUAACUAAGGGCUUACGGACAAUUUAAAUAUGAUAUUUAGAAACGUUUCUUACCCAGGAACAAUGCCCUAAAAUAUUGGUGGAGAGUUCCGGGACACCCUGUGUAUUUCGAUCAGUACACAGGCCUAUGGGAAACUCGGAGAAUCAUAAAGACGUCUUGCUUUCAUACAGUUGGUCGCUGGUAGUUUUGUAAAGGAAAUUCGGACAAGUUCCAGUGGCAAGUUCACCAUCAUAUUGUUGAUUGAUUUUCGUCUGUAUUUCCAAAAUAUCUGGUGACCUCAACAAAGCUUGGUAUUCAAGCAAGGACGUUGUUUUGAUUCUCUUGUUUUCCCAUAAGGGUUAAUGUACAGCACAUAUGUAGUAUUUGUGUUAAUGUUGAUACAAUGUUUUAGUUAAUUAUUGUCAUUGAUUUUUUUUAUUAUUUUAGAUUUUUAAAAUUGAUGCUCUAUAGCAAAGGAUAACCAUGUACUCGAACAACUCGAUAAAUGGUUCUCAUUUUAUAUCUAAACUAGUUUCUAAGUGCUAAACUAUUGUAAAGUUAAUUUAAGAUAUCCCUUAUCUUUAUCCAGCCUUUUUUGUAGAGUAAAAAGAGGAUAUUUUAUAUGUGAGGGUUAUUGUAUUAAUGUUUAAGAUAUGUAUAGGAAAUUACCUGAUAACUUAGGACAAUACUGUUGUGACUUAGAAAUAAGUCAUUGUUUGUAAAUAAAAUACGUUUGUAAGUUAAUUUAAUGUAAGUCCAUAUAUAUGUGUCCAAGUAUAUCCAAGAACCACCCAGUUAUGAUUAUGUAAAUUGUGUUUGUGUCCAGGGAAGGAAUUUUGUUUUAAGUCCUUAGUAACCAUGCAAUAUAAAUGUCAUUAUUGAAUAGCAAUAUAUGUUAGUUUAGUAGCAUAGUUUCCUUCAAAAAUACAAUAGUAUCAAUCGAUUAAAUUACAAUAAAUAUAUAAACGAAGCUAUUCUAAUUUGCAAAUCUAAUCUAUAAGACCUUUGUUUUUGAAUCACUAGUUUCAAAAUGAAAACAAAAUAAUAAAAGUGUAUUCAAUUGUAUUAUGAUUUUAAGAGAAAAAUUUGCUAUCUCGUGUAUUUAAUAAGUAGCUCAGUUGAUCUUCAAAAAUGUAGAAACAGAAAGAGAAAUAUAGUUUUAGUUUAGUAAUAUCUCAGAAAAGUGUAAUUGUGUUCUAUGUUAUUUUUUAAUUGGUUUAUUUGUUGAUGUAAUGUUGCCAACAUAUCAUUGUAAUAAAAUAUUUUAUUAUAUUAUGGAUUUAGAAAUAAUCGUAUGUUUCAAUUGUAAAUAUUAGAAAAUAUAUUUAAACAGUUUUAAUAGAAGGAAAUAUUUUCAACGGUUCUUAUAAUAUUCGAGUUAUAAUAAUAUUAUUACAUGUUGUAAAACCUCAAAAUUGUAGAUAUUGUUCUUGAGAAAAAUUAACUUUUCACUACGUUUAUGCGCGUAAAACUGCAACUAUAAUCCAAUUUCAAUUGCAUUACAUACUGUUUGGUUUACAGUUCAAAAAGUGUUAAUAAUAAUCCAAGUUUAAAUAUUGACAUAAAAACACUGUUUCUUAAUUGUAUAUUUAAAAAGAGUUUUUUAUAACAAUCAAUUUACAAUCUAAAUAUACAUACAUAGGUUUAAACUACUGUGAUUUGUUCAAUGAAACGAAGCUUUUUUAUUAUACCACAAAAUGUGCCUAUUUUUGAUUACAAACAAUUAGAAUUUGUGUCGUAAGUUUACUAUUUUUGUAAAUUUCUAUUGAAAAUGUGUAAAUACUCUUUUUGGUUAUCUCAAUAUUGUAAGUACACAUUUCUCGAUUAUUGUAAAAAAAUGUAGUCUCCAUACUACUACUAGAAUACUAGAAAAAUACAAUACCUGUAUGGAUCAUAAACAUAAACAAUUGACUUUUUUGGCCCGAAAGUAAACAAAACCCCUACAGAAAUUGCAUUAAUUAACAUCUGGUUUUGUUUGAUUUCAGGCCAAACGUCAUUUGUUUAUGUUUUUGAUCCAUACCGGGUCUUUUCUAGUAUUCGUGCUCUUUUAUAUCAUAAUCAUGUCACCUUUUGUGCCGAAACUCGGUUGCUAACCACAACCUGAUAGUUACUAUAAAUGAGCAUAUUUACGCAAUAUUCAAUAAUCCAAAGGCUAGAAUACCAUCUUAAAUUAAUAAGUGACUCGUAAAAGACUGAGAACUUUCCAGUUCAUUAUUGAAACGCUUCUAGAUGUCAUGAAUAAAAUGUUACCU